GCCCACCACAAUAUCUACUCCCCACUUCUCCAGCCCCUCUCGCUCCGGGAGCAAACGGCGGCGACGCUUCGCCUCCCUCUCCGGCCGCCGCCGCCGCCGCCGCAGCCCAUGGCGUCGCUGCUCCGCCUCCAGGCCCUCGCCCUGAACCUAACGGCACCCCGCCGCCUCCCCUUCCUCCCUCUCCGCGUCACGACUGCGACGGCUCCGCUCGCCGGCCGCCUCUCCACCGCCGCCGCCUCUGGCAGCUCGCCGGAGUCACCUGCCUCGGAACCGGAUUUGGAUUCCGGGCUGUAUCUUGUGGCAACGCCAAUCGGGAACCUCGAGGAUAUCACCUUAAGGGCAUUGCGUAUCCUCAAAUGUGCUGAUGUCAUACUAUCAGAAGACACAAGGCAUUCUGGAAAGCUACUUCAACAUUAUAACAUCAAGACACCUCUUCUCAGCUUUCAUAAGUUUAAUGAGCGUGAAAGAGAGCCUAAUAUCUUAAAGAGACUUCAUGAAGGGGAAGCAGUUGCAUUGAUUAGUGAUGCUGGUACUCCUGGAAUUAGUGAUCCUGGCAUGGAACUGGCUAGACUAUGUGCUACUGAGGGAAUCCCUGUUAUCCCCAUUCCUGGGCCGUCUGCUGCAAUAGCUGCUCUUUCUGCAUCUGGUUUGCCAACUGAUGAAUUUACAUUUGUGGGGUUUUUACCAAAGCAUGCUCGAUCAAGAAAAGAAAGGCUUGAAAUAUCUGCCUGUCAAGCUGCCACACAAAUUUUCUAUGUUCCUCCCCAUGGAAUUCACCAAUUUCUUUCUGAUGCUGCUUCAUCAUUUGGUGAUUCUAGGUCAUGUGUUAUUGCAAGGGAGAUAACGAAAUUACACGAAGAGUUUUGGCGGGGAACUAUUGGUGAAGCAAAUGAAGCCUUUGCAACUCGGCAGCCAAAGGGAGAAAUUACAGUGCUCAUAGAGGGAAAGUUAAUUUCAGCUGAUGAAACUCCAUCUGAGGAUUUCCUUGAGCAUGAACUCAGAGAAUUGAUGACGCAGGGACAUCCUCUGUCAGCGGCAGUGAAAAUGGUGAGUGAAGCUACAUCAGCAAAGAAGAAGGAUGUUUAUGCCCUCGCAUUAAGGUUAUUUGGAAAAUGAGUAAAAUGCGAUGUUUUGCUCUCAUAUGUAAAUAGCCUAUUGGGCACGUCCAAGGCCAGGGCCACUCACUAGCAAAGGCAGCUUUCUGAAGAUGGGAAUAGCAAUGGCAGCUUUCUGAAGAACUAGCUGAUUCAAACUUUUGAAAGAGGUGAUAUUUGGGGAAUUUUCAGAAGGUACCAUUCAAAUUUGCUGGAGGAUGAUGCUGUUCUGGCGAUGGAAAAAGUCUUCGAUCUGUAGCUUCAUCGUUGUACAACAGAAGCUUCGCUGCAUCUGCAUGACAAGCUAUAGCUACCUGGUUAGGUUAGGCGGUAAGUUAGUAUGAUCACCUUAGAUUUUAUCGCAAUAGUUAUCGCAGUGUAUACAUUUUGUCUUAGAUUCACAUUUAUCGAAAUCAUUAUUAUGGAGCUAAUGGGCCGAAUCCGUCGUGAAUGGACCACUAAACAGGCCUCCGUAAAUGAGCUAAGCCUGCGUUCUUUCCUUGGUGCUGGGAA